AUGUGAAAAACCCAGUUGUGUUUCCCACCAAAUUGUUACCUCCAUGACCAAGAACCAGUAGCCGAAUAAGGUUAACAAAAAGAUCCUUAAAGGCGGAAUUAGGUCAUCCGGAAGUUGGUCCAGAUUUACCGGAGCGGCGUAUUUUGGAGUUGGGAGAAGCAAUAGUUGUGGUUUGAAGAAGUCUUGGGACAUUAGAAGAAGAAGAAGAAGAAGAAGAUGAGCAAUAGGCAAGGUCCCCCCAAGCACCAAAACAAAUACGCUUGGAAACCCAACGCCGGUCACAAAAUCAACGAAACGGAAGUUGGAGGGAGGCUGAGACCGUACUCAGAGAUCACCGGCGUUUGCCUUCGUUGUAAGGAACAGAUCGACUGGAAACGCCGUUACGGCAAGUAUAAGCCUCUCACUGAACCUGCCAAAUGUCAACGUUGUUCGAAACGAGCUGUUCGCCAAGCUUACCAUAAUCUCUGUUCUGGUUGUGCCAAGGAGCAAGGCGUUUGCGCCAAGUGUUGUAGCCGUGUUGAUAGUGUAGUUGGAAGAGAUUCUUCUGAAGUGGAAGCAGAGCAAAAGAUGCUUGAGGAGGCCAUAAAGAAUGCUCGAGAAAGGGACAGAAGGACUAUACUGCGGACUAUGAACAAAGGAAAAUCCAAUAGUUUGGGUAAAACUCGCACUGAGGAAAACAAGGUUGGAGAGUUAUUUCCCUCUUCAACUCUUGAAGAAUAUGCGAAAUCAAGUAGAGACAAAAAAAACGAUGAUAACAGUGACAACGAGGAUGAUGAGGAUGAGGAGGGGGAAGAGGAGGAGGCGGGAGAGGAAAAUUGAGUUGCAUCUCAAUGAGAAAUAUACAUGUACUGAUUCGCAUAAAUUGACUGCAUGCAUUAUGGAGAAACUGAUGUCUUAAGUUUCACCAUAUUUGCUAAAAUUAUACAUAUUUUAGGAGUCUGUUUUUCUUUUCAUAGAAAUAUCAAGAUGAGGUCUGUGAAAUGCGGCAUGUCACUGUAGGAGUGCUUUUUUUUUUUUUUUCUUUUUUUUUUUUUUAUUGUUUCCUACACUUUGUACUGGCACUCAACCAUAUGAAAAAAAAUAUAUAUUGUAUAAUUUUGCUCAAAAUCCACGCCAUAGAUCUGUUUUUGAUGUGUUUUGGA